CCUGAACCAGGUGUGUCUCUCUGUGAUGUCACAUCAGGUUCAGCCAAUCAACAGGGCAGAGCAGCUCCUCACCACGACUCGUCAGGCGACAGCGCCGCCGCCAUCGAAAACCCAAAACACAGCGGAUGGAGAGGUCUGUGUCUUUCAGCAGUGUCACUGACUCCACCAUGUCGCUCAACGUCAUCACUGUCACUCUGAACAUGGAGCGGUAUAACUUCCUGGGUAUCAGUAUCGUUGGUCAAAGUAACGACCGAGGAGACGGAGGGAUUUAUAUCGGCUCCAUCAUGAAGGGCGGAGCUGUGGCAGCAGACGGACGCAUCGAGCCGGGAGACAUGUUACUGCAGGUACUAAUACUGUGUCCAUACUACUGUGUCCGUCCUACUGUGUUG